GAUAUAUUAUUUUUACAUAAAUUAUCAGAUUCUUUGUCAGAAUCGAUUAACCUACGUUCUUUCGUUUGUCAAAUCAAGUUUACUUCAAUAUAAUAAUAAGUACUCUUUAAAUUAAGAAGAAUGAAUAAUUUGCAAAUAUUUUGCAGGGUAUCAACAAGUCAGGUUCGCUAGACUAUAAAGUCUUUUGUAAUAUUUUCCAUGUGCGCAAUCAAUGAAUAAAACAGAAGCAAUCGAUUUCCUUCAGGGUGAAAAGACCAUGUAUUUUGGUUAUUUCAUACCCACUAUAGUGUCCUUAAGUAUAAAAAUGCGUCGUUUGGAGCCUAAAAGUUUGAAGUAUUUAACCGAAAGUAGCAAAAAAAUGCAUGAAGCUUUGCUUAAAAGAUUUGAAAAGUACUUCCUGAUUCAGCCUGACGCUUGGGAUGCUGUUAUUGCCGCUAUUUCUGUCCCUGACAUUAAGUUGCGAUUUGUGAAAGCUCUUUUAGAAACAGCUAAAACGCAAACAGAAGAGGAAGUUAAAAAAAUGUUCAACACUUAUGUGGUCAAGUAUGGAAAAGUAGCCUGUGCCAAAACUCGUAUUCUACCUCAACCACCUCAAAAAACAUUUUUUGACUUCGGGGAUGAAAGUAAUGAUAUUAGCAUACAAUGUGGUUCCACUGACUCGGAAAAUUAUUUGCAAGAAACGCUAUUAUACCUGGCCGAACGAGAAGAAACAACAAGUUGCCUAAAUAAAUAUCAGGCUAUUAAAAACCGCUCCCUGCCCAGUAAUAUUUGCUACCUCAUUGUGUACGAUUGGGAUUUGCAUGAUAAUCAGCAUAAUACCAAGGAAAACACGUACGCUUCCUGGGCCAAACAGAUGCUGGACAAAGCAAGCGACCCAACAAAUAAAAGCCUGCGGGGAAAAAGGGAUAGGAUCGUUGAGUUUGUCGGCAUUCGUAUCUUUGCCGUUAUUACCUCCGACGCCGGUAAACAAGCUACACAUCAGCAAUAUCAGCAACAGUAA